AAUUUUUCAUGCGGUCACUCUAUAAAAGUUAUGUAUUCACAUUCUGACGGCAAGGAUUUGCUAUUUCUACAAUAAAUCGUCAGUAGGUUGAAAAAUGUUCGCGUUACGUGCCGCCUCCAAAGUUGAUAAAAAUUUGCUGCCUCUUUUGGGACAGUUGUCUCGAGGCCAUGCCGCAAAGGCAGCUAAAGUGGCGGCCGGAGCCAAUGGCAAAAUUGUAGCAGUCAUUGGUGCCGUUGUUGAUGUUCAGUUUGAUGAGAAUUUGCCACCCAUUUUGAACGCUCUGGAAGUCGACAAUCGUUCACCGCGAUUGGUCCUGGAGGUGGCUCAACAUUUGGGUGAGAAUACCGUGCGCACUAUUGCCAUGGACGGUACUGAGGGUCUGGUUCGUGGACAAAAGGUUCUCGAUACUGGCUAUCCAAUUAGAAUACCAGUUGGAGCCGAAACUUUGGGACGUAUCAUCAAUGUGAUUGGUGAACCCAUUGAUGAACGUGGUCCAAUUCCAACUGAUAAAACGGCGCCAAUUCACGCCGAAGCUCCCGAAUUCGUCGAGAUGUCGGUCGAACAGGAGAUUCUGGUCACUGGCAUCAAGGUGGUCGAUCUUUUGGCCCCAUAUGCUAAGGGUGGCAAGAUUGGACUUUUUGGAGGAGCCGGUGUUGGCAAAACUGUGCUUAUCAUGGAACUGAUUAACAAUGUCGCUAAAGCUCAUGGUGGUUACUCUGUGUUCGCUGGUGUAGGCGAACGCACGCGUGAGGGUAACGAUUUGUACAAUGAGAUGAUUGAAUCUGGUGUCAUUUCACUUAAGGACAAAACAUCGAAGGUCGCUCUUGUCUAUGGACAAAUGAAUGAACCUCCCGGUGCACGUGCCCGUGUUGCAUUGACUGGUUUAACUGUUGCCGAAUAUUUCCGCGAUCAGGAGGGUCAAGAUGUGUUGCUAUUCAUUGAUAACAUUUUCCGUUUCACCCAGGCUGGUUCGGAGGUGUCCGCUUUAUUGGGUCGUAUUCCCUCUGCUGUUGGUUAUCAGCCCACACUAGCAACUGAUAUGGGUUCUAUGCAGGAGCGUAUUACAACCACCAAGAAGGGCUCCAUCACUUCGGUGCAGGCUAUUUAUGUGCCAGCUGAUGAUUUAACUGAUCCAGCUCCAGCUACAACCUUUGCUCAUUUGGACGCAACCACUGUGUUGUCGCGUGCCAUCGCCGAAUUGGGAAUUUACCCAGCUGUCGAUCCUUUGGAUUCUACAUCUCGUAUUAUGGAUCCCAACAUCAUCGGUCAGGAGCAUUAUAAUGUCGCGCGUGGUGUACAAAAGAUUCUGCAAGAUUACAAAUCACUGCAGGAUAUUAUUGCCAUUUUGGGCAUGGACGAGCUAUCGGAGGAGGAUAAAUUGACGGUGGCACGUGCCCGCAAGAUUCAGCGUUUCUUGUCGCAGCCAUUCCAAGUCGCUGAAGUUUUCACCGGUCAUGCUGGCAAGCUGGUCCCAUUGGAGCAAACCAUUAAGGGUUUCUCACAGAUUUUGGCAGGUGAAUACGACCAUUUGCCCGAAGUUGCUUUCUAUAUGGUCGGUCCUAUCGAAGAAGUUGUUGAAAAGGCCGAUCGUCUCGCCAAGGAAGCAGCUUAAAAAGUCAUCCUUGUGUGGAGUAAUAUUCAUUUCAAUUAAGCAUUAAAGUUAUCGGCGAAAUUAGAAAACUUCUAUCCUUAAUGGACAUAAUAAAAUACAAUUAAACACAUCAA